GAGCGAGCAAGCGAGCGAGCGAGGGCAGCGUUGGAAAGUGUUAAUCAGGAGGAGGAAAAGGCGCGCGGUAAGCGCAGCUCUGCACUCGAACGUCACUCCGGUGCAGGGGGUUAGUGAAGUGACUGUGGCGCCUGGGGACUGGAGGCACUCACUCGUCGGACUGACUCCAGUCAGGUAUUCCAUACACUGAGCAAUGUCUCCAUUAGCGCGCUGCUGUGGCUGCUGCUCUCUCCAAAGCGAGCCGCUGCGAGCGAGGCGAAAAGACGCGGCCACCCUUUGCCAUGGACAAGCUCUCGCCAGGAGAUCCUAGGCGCAGCCCGGCGUGAUUGCAGCCCCUAGGAAGCUCGGAUUAUCCAUCACUCGGGGCCACACGGCACAGCGAGGCAGCCUGCGGAGCUCGCGGAUCCAGCGCCUCUCCUGGUUGUUCCUGGAGCCUGGGAGACCCCCGUGGCCAUGUCCUACCCCCAGUUCGGAUACCCCUACUCGUCUGCACCCCAGUUGACAAGUGUGAACUGGAACUAGGUUCCCCCCCUCCCCAACCGAUCUUUAAAUUUCUCCCCGAUCCACAAACCAGUUAAGCCACUGGGUUUAACAUAAUAUAUAAGUUCCUGAUGACCACCAACUCCUUGACCACUUGCUGUGAGACCACCGGCAGGACCCUCACGGACUCUGGGGCCGCAGCCUCGGCUCAGACCCCCGUCUAUUGCCCCGUGUACGAGAGCAGGCUGCUAGCCACGGCCAGGCACGAGCUCAACUCGGCAGCUGCCCUGGGAGUCUAUGGGAGUCCCUACACGAACACGCAAGGCUAUGGCAACUACGUGACCUACGGGACGGAGGCGUCGGCUUUCUACUCCUUGAACAGCUUUGAUUCGAAGGAUGGGAGCGGAUCUGCGCAUGCGGGAAUCACCCAGGCGGCUGCAUACUAUCCAUACGACCACACGCUCAGUCAGUAUCAAUAUGACAGAUAUGGUACCAUGGAUGGAGGGACGCGGAGGAAAAACGCCACUCGGGAGACCACCAGCACGCUGAAGGCCUGGCUGCAGGAGCACCGCAAGAACCCCUACCCGACCAAAGGCGAGAAGAUCAUGCUGGCCAUCAUCACCAAGAUGACCCUCACGCAGGUCUCCACCUGGUUCGCCAACGCCAGGAGGAGGCUCAAGAAGGAGAACAAGAUGACCUGGCCCCCCAGGAACAAGUGUGCGGACGAAAAGAGACCCUACGAGGACGAGGACGAGGGAGAGGGUCAAGGGGAGAGCUUGAAGAAUGAGAAACUCGAGGAGCCGGCCAGCAAGGAGGACAAAGAGUUGGGCCUCAGCGACCUGGACGACUACGACCCGCUGGAGUCGGAGAGCUCCGAGGGCGAGCUGAAGGCUGCGGCUUUCGGCCACGCGGAGGGGGAAGCGUGCGCCACCGAGGCCUGCAAGGAUCCCUCCUCCUUGGGCGCCGGCGCAGCCCCGCUGGAAAGCCCCCUCGAGCGGGCAAAGAGCUGCCUCAAGGACCCGACGGCGGGCGCGGAGGGCUGCGAGGCGGCGGAGCUGCUGAGCGCGCGGCAGAGGAGCUGCGAGGCCAAGUCGUGUUACCAGCAGCAGCAGCUCCUGGAGGCGUCCAGCAAGCCGAGGAUUUGGUCCCUGGCGCACACGGCCACCUCGCUCAACCAGGCCGAGUACCCGUCGUGCAUGCUGAAGCGCCAGCAGGGGGCGUCCAGUGCCUCUAGCGCCGCGCCGGCCCCGACGGCUGGGGGCGUCUUGGAGAGGCACCCGAAGGAUUCCCCCGUCACCAACCUCAGGAACUGGGUUGACGGCGUGUUCCACGACCCGCUCUUCCGGCACAGUACUUUGAACCAGGCCUUGAGCAGCACCGCAGUGUCUUGGGCUACCACCAAAGGCUCCCUCUUGGAGACGGGGGCCCUGGGGCGCUCGCUGGGCGGCGGCGCCACCGCCGUGCUCAAAGGGCAGCUGGCAGGCCUGGCUGCGCCCCAGGACUCCGGCAAAGACUUUCUGGCUUUCCCCAAAGCAGGCAGCAAAAUGUUCUGCUCCUAACGACCGACGCCCGCCCCGUCCGCCUCCCUGGGACAGGCCGGGGGAGGGAGGCAAGACGGUGGAAUGGGAGGGCAGACAGGCCGGGCCCCGAGGGACUGAGCGGCGGGAGGUGGAGAGACACAUGCAGAGAGAGAAAGACUUGGGAGAGAGUUUCCGUUCCAAACCAGAGACGUUUUUUCCGUCGCAAAAACCGAGCAAGGAUUUUAAAAGUUGCUGGUAUAAGGAGAGAGAACAAAAAGACUGUCACUUGGCUGCAGCCUCAAGGGAUCAAUGUCUUCACGGUUAUUUAAGUCCAUAGCACGUUCCACUAGUUUAUAGAGGCGUCCUUCUGCGUUUACCUUGCAAAGUUUACCAGGCGCGAGAUUCGAAUUCAGCUUCUUGGGGAGGGAGUUGUUUGUCUAUUCUGUUUUUCCCCCUCCCUUUUUUUUCCUUUUUCUAAAAAACAAAAAAAUUGAUUUGUGGCAUGCCAAUUUUAGUUUCUUCUUCGAACUUCCCUACCCACCCCCCGCCCUCCCCUUCUCAUCGUUAGCAUCUCACCCACACAAAAAACAGCACUUCUUCCACCAAGUUGACACCAUUGUCCGCACACGUGCACACACCGAAUUUGAACUUGAGAAAUAAGCUAUGUCGAAAAGGUAUGUUCACUCCAAAUAAAUUGUCUGUCUCUCAGAGGUACCCGA